UCUCCCUGACGCUUAUGUCCAAGCCUCCAAUGGCCGUGGAUUUCUAAUUUCGGCAAGCUCGCCGGCAUAUCCCCAUUCUGCCACCGGCCAUGGCCAAGGGUCGCAAAUUGACUAUAAGCCAAAGCGAACGCUUCUUGGGAAGCUACGCCAACUCUUACGCCCAGGGGUUCAACGCCUCAGACGGAUCCGAGCUCGGAGAAGCCGACGUCUGGUCAGCGGCUGAUGACGCCGGCGAGAGCGCAGCGAACGCUCCUCCCAGAGACUGGGAACCACGGGUAGCCUCAGAGAAUAACGGGAGCAGCUCCAUGAGAAGCAGGCGUGGGAUCCUAUCCCGUCACUUCGGCGGUUUGUCUCUAUCGUUUGAAGACUCGACGGAGGAGGAUAAUGCGACGACGUCGUCGAUGAUUGUGCAUCAAUAUCGGGGGAAUGACAGCGUGGCAUCGCAGCACGGCCACCACAUGGCGACGUCGGCGCCGGUGAACGUCCCGGAUUGGAGUAAGAUACUGCGAGUCAAUUCGGUGGAGUCCAUGCAAGGGGCGGACGACAUUUCCGAUGAUGAGAACGAAUCCGAGAUGGUCCCACCACACGAGUACUUGGCUCGUGAGUACGCACGGAGCCGGAAGACGGCGGCAAACUCGGUGUUCGAGGGAGUCGGACGAACGUUGAAGGGGCGGGACUUGAGGCGGGUUCGUGAUGCAGUGUGGAGUCAAACCGGGUUCGAUGGCUAGCGAUGGACUGUUCAGACCGUUUGGAGGUAGUUAACUUAUGUGUUAGUCAAAUUCAGUGAUUUGAGUCAGAAAUAGUUUUUUUUCCCCCUUCCCUUUUUGGCCUUCUUCUCCUUCUUCUUCCUUUUUUGGCCUUCUGCGUGGGUGAGUUUUGUGGGCAAUGAUUGAGCUGAGUUGACUCAGUUGAAUCAAACUCAGCAUCGACUGAGCCUGAAUUCAUAAACUGGAAAUGGCAAUUGUAUUAUUCUCAUUAAUUAAAAAGUGUAUUCCAA